AUGGCGAGAGUACUCGCAGGACGGAUUCCCGACGAGGUCUGGAACUCUCACAAGCUUGCUAUUGGCGAGCUGUACAUUGGAGAAGACAGAAAGCUCUGCGGUCACGAAGGCGUCAUGGACAUCAUGACGAGGCGUUACAGUUUCUCGCCCAGCAAGAUUGCCUCCUGGGGUAUGCGCAAGAAGAUCACUGACAAGGAAUGGAACGCGAUCUUGCCUCGCGUACAAGAAAGAGAAGAACGUGGUCGACAGACACAUAUUCUUUUCAACGGUGUUCUUGUCGACGGGAAGCGUAUAGGAAGAGAGCUAGAUCGCCGCCGUUCCAACUCCAACAUGCGCCAGGGUUUUGUGCAAGGUAUGGAAUCCCAAUACAUGCUCUCAUACGACUAA